GCAGAGUAGCGAUCUGGUCUAAGCAUGAUCUGUUCUUGUGGAAUCCUGCCUGAUUUCCCCAAAGCUUUUGGUCUGCUGGCUGCUUGAUUCUCUCCAGGAAUAUCCUGUAAAAGACUCCCAGGUAUGAACAGGAGUGUUAUGCCUCUGUAGUUGUUACAGUUGCUGAGGUCUCCAUUCUUUGGCAGCUUGAUCCAGUCUGGUGGCAUUUCCUCCUCUUGCCAAGCCUUUUCGAAUAGAGCAUAGAGAAUUUCAACUGAUGUAUCUGUAUCUUCCUUACGGGCUUCCAGAGAUUAUGGUCGGGAUCAGCUGCCUUGUGGGACUUCAGUGAUGUUAUAGCUGAAGCAAUUUCCUCUCACGAAAUUGGUUCCGAAACUAUUGGGAGGUCAUUUCUGGCUGAAAGAAUUUCUGGUUAAUUUUCUCGAGGUGUUCUGUUCAAGAGUUGAUCAAAGUGUUCUCUCCAUCGGUUAAGUUGCCCCUCUGGGUUGAAAACAGUCUUUCCCUCUUUGUUUUCACUAGUAGAGUGGGCUUGCUGCACCAAACUGAAAGAGUUUUAGUUGUAACGGAAAAUUACUCGAAACAAAAUAAAACUGGGUAUAGUAUUUUAAUUUGUUCCGCCUACUUGGAUGUUCCCAGACUGAGCACCGGUUCCGUAACCACCGAAUUGUGUAAAAAUGGCGGAAAUCAGACAGACAAGCUGAGACGAGCAUUGAAUGUGGAUUUUUAGCACUGUAAAAUAAAAUGGAAAGGAACAGCAGGAGGUGGACAAAGGAAGACCUGGAAAAUACAUUUGAGGAAUUCCUAAAAACGUCUCUAUCGUCGGAAGAAGACACUGACAAGAUCAAAAAGCUACUUGAGCAGCCGGUUAAGAAAAAAAGCUCUGGACAGUCCUCUUUGUGGUGGGCAAACGACUCAGAUGAUGAAAGUUUAAAAAAAGGUACAGGAAAGAGUUUCCUGAAAACCAAAGAGUCAUCAGAGCCACCAGUGAGGUCAAAGUCCAUCCUAGAGAGUGAUGUUAGAGGAAAAGGAAAGUCUGUGUCAAAGCCAUCUUUGUCGAAACAAACGACCUCUCCAAAACGAGUACCGCGUAAAGACAGGCCAAAGUCGAAAAGAGAGACUUCUCCUGGAAAAACGAGAGGUUCCAAGUCCAAGAUUGACACAUCCAUGAGCAAAGACAGCCUAGAAGACAACACAGCUGUCACAGUUUCAGAGAGGUCCGAGGAGCAUGACCACCACGAGGCAGUGUACCCCAUGCAGGGAAGCAACACUGUAAUUUCCAUUCACGACUCAAGUAUUGACACAUCAGCAAGUUAUGAGGGGGUGCCAUCCAACACGAACAGGGAAAAGCCAGGUUGUGAUACACUGGAUGAGAUGGCCGACAAACAGCAGUUUUUUCAGAAUUUGGAGAAAUCGGCAGAUGGUACAGUGGACUACGGGAAACUUAACCAAGAACUCAGUCAGACUGGAGGAACCAUGAUGCUGUCUCCUGGGGUGAAGGUCAACCAACCAGAUAUCUCUUUUGUUUCCGGUUUGUCUCCGGCUGUUGAGAAUGCCAAGACGCCGAGCAAAGAUUCGAACAUGGAUAUAACGGACUCUCAACAGAAACCCAGUAUGUUGUCUAAAGUGGCUCUUUUGGACUCUAUGGACUCCACGCUGAACACAACAACAUCGCCCAAGCUUAACUCUCGUGACACCACACAGGACAACUUAGGGGUAACUCUACCAGAUGCCAUGAAGACGCCUGUUCUUUCAGCCUACUCUGGCCAGAUGGGCACCAACACCAGCCGUGAAAUGGAGGAUCUUCAGAGAGUUCUGCAAGAAGCUGGGCUAUCCCCUACCAUCUAUGGGCCGGACUCUCGCCCUCCCACUGGGAAAGGAAGUCAACAGACUUCCACACCUGCGCAAGAGAAGAAAGAAG